AUGUCGAACUCAUCGACAUCGCUGGAUGAGAACGAGAAAGAGAAGGAGUUUGGACUGGUGGAUCCCCAGGCUGCAGUGCAAGACCCGACAGAUGAGGAAUCACGUGACGACGCGCGAUAUGAGCCCAUCAAGACAGAGAAGGGCAUAAAAGAUCUGGAGAAAAACUCCGACAGUCACAGCAAACGAGGCGAUUUAUCAAGAACGCAGAGCGGAACGAGCGCAUACACAGACAUUAGCGAUGACUCAGAUGCGAAGAGUUCCUUGAAACGACGAAAGUGGUACAAGACGAACCCUCUGAAAUGGGGACCUGUGCCGCCUGUGCCGAAGACGCGAGAAGUUUCUCCUGAGUAUACCGCAAGCAUUUUCAGUCUUUUGACCUGGCAAUGGAUGCAGCCUCUGAUGAAUGUCGGGUAUAAGCGACCCUUGGAAAAGAAUGACCUUUAUGAAGUCAAUCCCAGGCGCAGCGCCGACGUGCUGGCGACGAAGCUGGACACCGCGUUCCGGCUGCGAUUAGAGCAGAAGCACAAACGGCCGUUGCUGAGAGCUAUGUUUGAUACUUUUCGUAGCGAUGCGCCUGCACCCAAUCUAGGAGAGGGCUUUGGUCUUGUCGUCGCCAUCACGGUCCUGCAAUUCUUCCAAAGUUUGGCCACCAACCAUUUCAUGUACCGCGGUAUGAUGAUUGGUGGGGAAGCACGAGGAGUCCUCAUCGCGCUCAUCUUUAACAAAGCCAUGAAAUUAUCAGGCAGAGCUAAAGCUGGUGGUAUAGCUAUUGCUGAAGCUGCACCACCAUCAAAUAUCAAACCAGGCAGCGACGAACAUGUCAAAUGGUACAAGAAGAUGCUCAAGAAGAACCGGAAAGAUGGAAAGAAGGCACCCGCUGGGGCCGCAGGCGUAGCUGGUGAUGGUGAAGGCUGGGGCAACGGUCGCAUUGUUAACCUCAUGUCAACGGACACGUACCGUAUUGACCAAGCCAGCGGUUUCUUCCACAUGAUCUGGACUGCUCCUAUCGGUAUUCUGAUCACCACGGCUCUCCUCCUUAUCAAUUUGACCUACAGUGCUCUUCCUGGUCUCGGACUCAUCCUGAUCGCCAUGCCUCUCCUCGGACAUGCCGUCAAGGUUCUCUUCCGCCGCCGUGUCGCCAUCAACAAGAUCACCGACCAACGUGUCGGCUUGACCCAGGAGAUCCUGCAGGGUGUCCGCUUCGUCAAGUACUUUGGCUGGGAAACAAGUUUCUUGCAACGCAUCCAGAGCAUCAGGAAGAAAGAGAUCAAGGCGAUCCAGGUUCUCCUUACCAUCCGUAACGCUAUCCUCGCAGUGGGUAUGUCAAUGCCUGUUUUCGCUAGUAUGGUCAGUUUUAUCACCUACUCGCAAGUCAACAAAGGUCUCGAGCCCGCACGGAUUUUCUCGUCCCUCGCCCUCUUCAACUCGAUGCGUAUUCCGCUCAACUUCCUCCCGCUCGUUAUUGGUCAGGUAAUCGAUGCAAACGCUUCCGUCAAACGCAUUCAAGAAUUCUUGCUCGCUGAGGAGGCAGAGGAAACUGCUACAUGGGACUACAAUGCCAAAGACGCGGUAACCAUCAAGAAGGCAGACUUCACAUGGGAGCGCCAUCCAACGCAGGACAGCGAGGAUACAGUAUCCGGCCCUGGCGGAGCCGCAGGCAAGAAGCCUACCAAGCAGGAGAAGAAAGACACCAAGAGAGCAAGCGCUCAAUCCGCCAAAGAAAGCAGCGGCGCCACCACCCCAUCCGAUACAACCGCAAUCGAAGAAGAAAAACCAUUUGAAAUCAAAAACAUCGACCUCUCCUUCGGCCGCAACGAACUCGUCGCCAUAAUCGGCAGCGUCGGCUCCGGCAAAAGCUCCCUCCUCGCCGCCCUCGCCGGCGACAUGCGCAAAACCUCUGGUGAAGUCGUCAUCGGCGCCUCCCGCGCCUUCUGCCCCCAAUACGCAUGGAUCCAAAACGCCUCCGUCCGCGAGAACAUCAUCUUCGGCAAGCCCUUCGACCAGGCGUGGUACGACGAGGUCGUCGACGCGUGCGCCCUGCGCGCCGAUGUCGACAUGCUGCCUGCCGGCGACAAGACGGAGAUUGGCGAGCGCGGCAUUACGGUCUCGGGAGGGCAGAAGCAGCGGAUGAACAUUGCGAGGGCGAUUUAUUUCAACGCGGAUAUCAUACUUAUGGAUGAUCCGCUGAGUGCAGUCGAUGCGCAUGUGGGACGGCAUAUCAUGGAUAACGCAAUUUGCGGGCUGCUUAAAGACAAGUGCCGUAUUCUUGCGACUCAUCAACUUCAUGUGCUGGACCGGUGUGAUCGCAUCAUCUGGGUGGAGGACGGGAGGGUGCAUGCUGUCGAUACGUUCGAGGCGCUGAUGGCAGGCAACGAGGGCUUUCAGCAACUCAUGAAGAGCACGAAGAAGGAAGAGGAACAGGACGACGAUGAGGAUGAGGAUGAUGCGGAAGAGGUCGUGGCGGAAGUCAUUGAUGGCAAGAAGGAGGCGAAGAAGACGGCGAGGCGGCAGAAGAAGGCUGUGGCGCUCAUGCAAGUUGAAGACCGCGCGACGAAGAGUGUUUCCUGGGGUGUUUGGAUUGCGUACAUCAAGGCUGGUGGUGGGAUUUGGGUUGGGCCUCUCGUCUUCAUCCUGCUCGUUCUGUCGCAGGGCGCCAAUAUCGUCACUUCGCUCUGGCUAUCUUACUGGACCUCGGACAAGUUUGGUUACAGUGAAGGAGCGUACAUCGGCGCGUAUGCGUCUUUCGGAUUUAGUCAGGCACUGUUCAUGUUCUUGUUCUCCUGGUCGGUUGCCGUGUUUGGCACGGAAGCGGGCAAGACCAUGUUGCAUCGUGCGAUCACGAGGGUGCUGAGGGCGCCGAUGAGUUUCUUCGACACCACGCCGCUGGGCCGCAUCACGAACCGGUUUAGUAAGGAUAUUGAUGUCUUGGACAACACCAUCACGGAUUCGAUGCGUAUGUACUUUCUCACACUGGCGAUGAUCAUCAGUGUCUUUAUUUUGAUCGUCUCGUACUAUUACUACUACGCUAUCGCCCUUGGUCCGCUCUUCCUGAUUUUCCUGUUCUCGGCCGCUUACUACCGCUCGUCAGCCCGCGAAGUCAAGCGCCACGAAGCUGUCCUGCGCAGCACCGUCUUCGCACGCUUCGGCGAGGCCGUCAUGGGCACUGCCACCAUCCGCGCCUACGGUCUGCAAGAGCAGUUUUCUCGCAGCGUCAAGGAGUCUGUCGACGACAUGAACAGCGCGUACUACCUGACCUUCGCCAACCAGCGCUGGCUCAGCGUACGUCUCGAUGUCGUGGGUAUCCUGCUCGUCUUCACGACCGGUAUUCUUGUUGUUACGUCUCGGUUCAGUGUCGACCCCAGUAUCGCGGGCCUGGUGCUGAGUUACAUCCUCACCAUUGUGCAGAUGAUCCAAUUCACAGUCCGCCAGCUUGCAGAGGUCGAGAACAACAUGAACUCGACUGAGCGCAUUCAUCAUUAUGGAACGGAGCUGGAGGAAGAAGCACCACUGCACAUGGGUGAGGUCAGACCUACAUGGCCUGAGCAUGGCGAGAUCGUCUUCAACGACGUGCAAAUGCGAUAUCGCGAUGGUCUGCCUCUGGUGCUCAAGGGACUGGACAUGCAUGUUCGUGCUGGCGAGCGUAUCGGCGUCGUCGGUCGCACCGGAGCGGGCAAAUCGUCCAUCAUGUCGGCAUUGUUCCGUCUUCAGGAACUCUCAGGAGGAAGCAUCGUCAUUGACGGUGUGGAUAUUGGCAAGAUUGGUCUGCAUGACCUGAGAAGUAAGCUGGCGAUUAUCCCGCAAGAUCCCACACUCUUCAAGGGCACGAUCAGGAGCAACUUGGAUCCGUUCCACGAGCACUCGGAUCUUGAGCUCUGGGGUGCAUUGAGACAAGCGAACCUCGUUAGCAACGAGGCCACGAUGCAAGACGAAACGCCAGGAAGGAUCCAUCUCGAUGCGCAAGUCGACGAAGAGGGUCUCAACUUCAGCUUGGGCCAGCGCCAGCUGCUAGCUCUUGCCCGCGCGUUGGUUCGUGGAUCGCAGAUCAUCGUCUGCGAUGAGGCUACCAGUUCGGUCGACUUUGAGACGGACGCUUUGGUUCAGACAGCCAUCAAAACAGGGUUUUUGGGCAAGACGCUGCUCUGUAUCGCUCAUCGUCUCAAGACCAUCAUCGACUAUGACCGCAUCUGUGUGAUGGACCAGGGUCAGAUUGCCGAACUCGACACACCUAUCAAUCUCUAUAACCGCGGAGGCAUCUUCAGAGGCAUGUGCGAACGCAGCGGCAUUCGACGAGAGGAGAUUCUAGGCCAGCAGCUGAAGCAGUAG